GUAGAAAUUGCGUAUAGAAAGAGAUUCGUCUUGUAAGAGCAGGUUGAAGCGCUUAGGCUACUUCAGCUAUAUGCUUAACACAUGCAAAUCUAACGAAGUGCUCCUGGACGACUCUUUCUUUGAGAUUCCGUAAGUAACCUAGUGCAUGUGCCUUUGAAGAAAAUGUGCAGUGAGGGAUCUUUAUUGGUAGCCAGUCUUUCACUUCCGCCUCUCCACUCCCAUGCCUUUCUUGGUCGGACCAACCCAACCGGCGAUUUCCGACAAGUCUUUCUGCUUAGAGCAAGAAGCAGAACCCAAAUCAAACUUUCUUUAUUUUCAUUUAUGGAAAACCAAUUCUUUUUAUUAAGUGUAGGCGCCGGAAUCAUGGUUUCGGUUGCCAUUUUUGUAGCUUUUAAAGCUGGGCGAAUUUCCGGGCAAAUGGAAAACCAUGCAUUGGACUUGGAAAGACUGAAACAGAAAAUCGAAUCUUUACUAUGGAAACUUUUGGAGGAAAUUCCAGGUAAUGCCCAAUUACCGGAGGUUAAUCAUUUCAUUGAGACAACCAUUUUUCCUGGGGAAUCCAUGGAGCAGCAGAUUCUGGCAUUAAAUGCCUUCUAUCAGUCUCUUCUAAACCACGGCAUCUAUUCCUCAUACUUUUUGGAGUUUUUGAAUUAUUUGAAUUAGCAGUUGCCACACUGUAGGCAACUAGCAUUUUGUUUUGUCAUUUUGUUUUGUCAUGGAAGAGUUCUAGUUUUUCGUUGGUAGAACCCACGCCAAUAUCAUAUUGACUCUCUCUCGUCCAAUAAGAGGAGAGUUACUUUAUUCAAAUUCUCUCCUUUCCAAAGCUCCACAAGGCAGGCAAAAAGAGUAAUAGGACAACAAGCAAUCUUGCUUUCAUUUAUUUUGAGUUCUUUCUUUGUUUAGAUGGAAAUCGGCGUUCUUUUGAAAAGGGCUAGGUAGUUUGCACGCAGGCAAAACUUCUUCAUGAAAGGUCAAAAAUAUACUUUUAUUUCAUCAACUUUGAAUAAUGACUAGUCGUUCGUUUGAAGCCUUAAGAAACCAGCAGAGAAAGCGGCAGUUUUUUUUCCGAAUGACCUGAUUUCGAGAAUCAACUAACCUCCGUAGCCCAGGUGAUUCGCUGCCUCCCUCUCGCCAAACCAAAAUGGGAUGAAUCUUCUCAUGCAGCUUUUUUCUUAUUCAGGGCGCUGCGAAGCCAAUUUCCAUCAAGGCAAGGGGGUAAAUAAGGGGGAAGAGGAGUUGUCACGAUAGAAAAGAGAAAUGACUAUAAGGAACCAACGAUUCUCUCUUCUUAAACAACCUAUAUACUCCACACUUAACCAGCAUUUAAUAGAUUAUCCAACCCCGAGCAAUCUUAGUUAUUGGUGGGGGUUCGGUUCGUUAGCUGGUAUUUGUUUAGUCAUUCAGAUAGUGACUGGCGUUUUUUUAGCUAUGCAUCACACACCUCAUGUGGAUCUAGCUUUCAACAGCGUAGAACACAUUAUGAGAGAUGUUGAAGGGGGCUGGUUGCUCCGUUAUAUGCAUGCUAAUGGGGCAAGUAUGUUUCUCAUUGUGGUUCACCUUCAUAUUUUUCGUGGUCUAUAUUAUGCGAGUUAUAGCAGUCCUAGGGAAUUUGUUUGGUGUCUCGGAGUUGUCAUAUUCCUAUUAAUGAUUGUGACAGCUUUUAUAGGAUACGUACCACCUUGGGGUCAGAUGAGCUUUUGGGGAGCAACAGUAAUUACAAGCUUAGCUAGCGCCAUACCAGUAGUAGGAGAUACCAUAGUGACUUGGCUUUGGGGUGGUUUCUCCGUGGACAAUGCCACCUUAAAUCGUUUUUUUAGUCUCCAUCAUUUACUCCCCCUUAUUUUAGCAGGCGCCAGUCUUCUUCAUCUGGCUGCAUUGCAUCAAUAUGGAUCAAAUAAUCCAUUGGGUGUACAUUCUGAGAUGGAUAAAAUUGCUUCUUACCCUUAUUUUUAUGUAAAGGAUCUUGUAGGUCGGGUAGCUUCUGCUAUCUUUUUUUCCAUUUGGAUUUUUUUUGCUCCAAAUGUUUUGGGGCAUCCCGACAAUUAUAUACCUGCUAAUCCGAUGCCCACCCCGCCUCAUAUUGUGCCGGAAUGGUAUUUCCUACCGAUCCAUGCCAUUCUUCGCAGUAUACCUGACAAAGCGGGAGGUGUAGCCGCAAUAGCACCAGUUUUUAUAUCUCUCUUGGCUUUACCUUUUUUUAAAGAAAUGUAUGUGCGUAGUUCAAGUUUUCGACCGAUUCACCAAGGAAUAUUUUGGUUGCUUUUGGCGGAUUGCUUACUACUAGGUUGGAUCGGAUGUCAACCUGUGGAGGCACCAUUUGUUACUAUUGGACAAAUUUCUUCUUUCUUUUUCUUCUUGUUCUUUGCCAUAACGCCCAUUCCGGGACGAGUUGGAAGAGGAAUUCCAAAAUAUUACACGGAAUAGACUCAUCGCACCGGAUCAGUCUCUUAGACGGAUGAGACUGAUCACACCUGAUCAGUGAUCAAUUCUGGCACAAUGAAUUUACGAGUUAUUUUACACAAUGAAUUUACAAGCAGAUGAGUUUGCAACGGUAGACCUAUCUCCUGAAAAGAGUUCAGUAAACAAGGGAACGAAGCGACCGAUAACGUCCCCUCGGGGAGGAGAAGGGAUUGACUUCGGCUCCUAUUAUCUUUGUUUACCAAUCUUCCAAUUGGUGAAUUGGUUAAUAGGAAGUGCGCGCUAGCACGCUUCAUAUUUCUAGUAACAAGGGCCGUUGCUUGUUUGGUCGUUAGAUCAGAGGGCGCUCAUCCCUUGCUCGGUCCCUGAAAAUGAGAUAACAUAGGCUUUUGAUAUUUGCUCUGUCAACAAGCCCUGGUUCAAUCCCUGCUUCUUCCAGGCCUUAUCCCGAAACGAAAGAGGUCAACAAUUCUGUUGUGUAAAGCCUUUUGUUCACUGGUCUUCACUUCAAGCAAUUCCUUUAGUCCAAGUCUGCUGCAAUUGGUAAUAGGGGAUAAGCAAUUGGUGGUCGUAGGCUCACUCACCUCUAGCUCUUUUUCUUUGCGAUGACCCCGUCCUUGUAUCCGUCCUCUAGCAUCUAUCUUCUCCUGUAUGUAGCAGCAGUGGUAUUCGACUUUGAAGUACCAGGAAAGGCAGAUAAGUUUAGCCUCAAUAGAAAUAUCUUUAUA